AUGUUUAACCUGGUUUGGACAUACCUUACUUCCAUUCAUUUAAUUAUUUUUGUCCCUUUUCUAAGGAGCUCGUCCACUAAGCAUGAUAUUACUCUCAACAUAGUUUCCAACCUUUCAACUUCCAAGAUAAAGGCAAUUGUUGCUUCUGUGCCUUGUGACGGUGAAAUAUUGCAGUGGAAUACACCGCCAUUUCUUCUUCCACUUCUAUUUUCAUCCCAGGAACUAUGCCAUUAUAUGCAAGAGGAAGGCGAGGCGUGGAAGCAUAGUGAUUGUAGAGUAGCAAAUGAACUACUUCAUUCAAUUGCAAAGCAAGAAAUGUGGAAAAAGGUCCACAUUCUAUAUGAUGAUUCAUUCAGUUCUUGCUGUUUGCAAGACAUUGUAAAGCGCCUUAGUAUUGAUUUUGUGGCAUCUCAAUUGAUCCAUGUGGGUUUAGAUGAGAGCAUUAGAAGUCUAGUGCAGUAUGUCAGCAAUACAAACUCCAUGAACAUUUUUUACGUUGUCGAUAAGGAGCUCAUGAUAAACUCAAUCUUACAAGAGGUACUCAUGAUUGUAUUUAUUUGA